UCGCGUGGCGGGAAAACAAAGAAAUGAUUUCGUUAGUAGGUACAAUUGAGCAGUACAAUCCUAAAACAGGCAACUUUGAGGAAUAUAAAGAGAGAAUGGAACAAUAUUUUUUAUGCAAUGAUGUCCCGGAUGAUAGAAAAGUUCCCCUGUUCCUAACCUUAAUUGGAGGUCAAACCUAUAGUAUCCUGAAAGAUCUCUCAGCACCAACAUCACCAGCAAAUUUGUCAUAUAAAGAAAUGGUGGAUAAAUUAUCACAGCAUUUCAGUCCGGUGAGGAUAACGAUCGCGGAAAGAUAUAAAUUUCACUCCGCAAAUCAAAACGAAGCAGAAUCCGUGGGAGAAUUCAUCGUACGAAUUCGAAAUCUCGCAAGUACGUGCAGUUUUGGUACAUUCUGGGAUGACGCAUGUAGGGAUAAAUUAGUCUGUGGAUUGCGGCGAAAGGACAUUCAAAAGAAGUUGUUAUCGACGAAAAGUCUUACGUUUGAAAUGGCAUGUACCGAUGCAUUAGCAAUGGAACUGGCCGAGCAGCAAGCGAAGUCUAUGGAUCAUGGAUUUGUCAAUAAAUUUAAUCAGAAGAGUCGGGAUACCACUAGAAAUAAAUACCAGUCAAGUGGGUCGUCAAGUGGAUCGUCAAGUCAGUCUCGCAUUAAACACCAGUCGCAGCCUAGUCAGUCUCAAGCGACAACUGUCAAUUGGGAAUGUUAUGCUUGUAAAAGGAAGGGGCACACAUCCACCGUGUGUCGAAAUAAAACUUAUGGAGCCAAAGCCAUCGAGGAAAACUCUACGGAAGAGGUACAGUCCGAAGAGGAACUACUGUCAGGCGAUUUAUAUCCUUUAGCGCAUGUACAAGAAUUACAUAAAGUCGAGUGUCCGUGCAUAACUACUUUAUUAGUAGAAGGUAAAAGCAUGAAAUUUGAAAUUGACACGGGAGCAUGCAAAACAAUAAUACCCGUUAGUAUUUUUGAUACAAAAUUUAAAGACUUGAAAUUGAGAAAAGCUGGUUAUAGAUUAAAUGUAGUCACAGGUCAGGAAGUAACAGCUUUAGGUGAAAUUCAGGUUAAUGCAGUAUUUAAGAAAAAAAUGUUAUUGUUGCCUAUAACUGUAAUUAAUUCAGAGAAAAUUUUUAUUCCUUUGUUAGGCCGAAAUUGGUUAGAUGUGUUAUGGCCUGAGUGGCAAAGAAAAUUUUGUGUCGUAAAUCAGGUUAAAUGUGAUAAAAGUACAUUAGCAACUAGAGGAAGUUAUGAAACACUUAUUAAGAAACGGUUUGAAAAGGUCUUUGAUGGAAAUUUAUUGUCGUGUAUCAAUGAUGUUUGUGUUAGUUUAAUACUUAAGGUUAGUCAGCCUAUAUUUAGAAAAGCAUACUCGAUGCCAUAUGCACUAAAACCUAAGGUAGAAGCUAAAUUAAAAGCAAUGGUCAGCACAGGUAUUUUAGAGCGUGUAGAAUUUAGCAAUUGGGCAUCACCUAUUGUGGUGGUUCCAAAAAAGGAUGGUGAAUUUUGAAUUUGUGGUGAUUUUAGCGUCACAGUAAAUCGUGUUUUGGAAACAAAUCAUCACCCCUUACCAAAUCCGGAGGAUAUAUUUGCAUCCUUGGCAGGAGGUAAAGUUUUUACAGUCUUAGAUCUUACUGGUGCUUUUCAACAAUUAAAAGUAGACGAUACAUCUAAGGAGCUACUAACUAUAAGCACUCAUUUGGGGCUUUUCCGGUUUAACAGACUUACGUAUGGUAUAUCUACAGCACCUGCAGUAUUUCAAUCCGUAAUGGACUGCAUAUUGUCGGGAUUGUCAAAUGUACACUGUUAUAUUGAUGAUAUUUUAAUUUAUGGGGAUACCAUGAGUUCCUGUUAUGAAAAAGUGGCUGAAGUUUUAUCAAGAUUAGAAAAGUAUAAUGUAAAAGUAAACCUCAACAAAUGUAUGUUUUUUGUAGACACUGUAAAUUAUUUAGGGCAUGUGUUAGAUGCCGAGGGUAUUCAUCCUACACAGGAAAAGGUUUUAGCUAUCAUAAACGCUCCUGAGCCCAAAGAUAUAACACAAUUACGGUCGUAUCUGGGUUUAUUAAAUUUUUACAAUAAAUUUUUACCUAUGUUAUCUACGCAGCUACGUCCACUUUAUCAGUUAUUAGAAAAACAGGUUUCUUUUUUGUGGGGUAUCAAGUGUAAACAAGCGUUUGAACUAAGUAAGAAAUUGAUUCUAGAUAAUAAUAUUCUCGUGCAUUACGAUGCGACUAAACCUAUCUAUGUUACUUGUGAUGCGAGUCAGUAUGGUGUGGGCGCAGUUAUGUGUCACCGUGUAAAUAGUUCCGAGCGACCUAUCAUGUAUGCAUCCGCUACUCUUUCUGAGGCAGAGCGAAAUUAUGCUCAAGUCGAAAGAGAAGCUCUAGCCAUUAUAUUUGCAGUGAAAAGAUUUCAUAAAUAUUUAUAUGGGCGGAAAUUCACUCUCGUUACUGAUCAUCAGCCUUUACUAAGUAUAUUCAAUGCUAAGAAAGGAAUUCAAAUUACUGCAUCAGCUAGAAUGGUACGUUGGUCACUAAUAUUAUCAGCUUACGAUUAUGAAAUUGAGUAUCGGAAGGGUAAAGAUUUAGUUGACGCAGAUGCCUUAUCACGUUUGCCGCUACCCAAUGGCACUAAUAUUGAUCUAGGAGUAAAUUCAUUCAAUUUAGUUGAUGAAAUUCCUAUGUCCGCUAAUGAUAUUGCAAAUGCGACAAGGAAAGAUCAAACAUUGAUAAAAAUCCUUGAUUAUAUUAAAAACGGAUGGCCAAGUCUGGAAUCAAGUCCACAGUUUAAACCAUUUUGGGUUAGGCGAAAUGAACUAUCCAUUAACAAUGACUGUAUUUUAUGGGGUAUUAGAGUUGUUAUUCCAGAAUUGCUGAGAUCUAAGGUUUUAGAGUUGGUUCACGAACAACAUAUUGGUAUCGUAAAAACAAAAAUGUUGUUGAGAUCUGCAUUGUGGUGGCCUGGGUUAUCUGACGAUAUCACUAAGGUAAUCAGCUCUUGUGCGGUAUGUCAAGCGUUUCAAAAUAGUGGAUCUGAGCGUACGUUGCACUCUUGGCCAACAACAGAUAAUGUGUGGCAGCGUGUUCAUAUAGAUUUUUUUCACAAAAAUGGACUAACAUUCUUAAUUAUUGUGGAUAGUAAAUCAAAAUUUUUAGACAUUCAUCUCAUGUCUAGUACAAAUGUUCUACAAACCAUCGAAAAAUUGAAGGUAACUUUUUCUAUGUUGGGAUUACCCUUACAAUUAGUUAGUGAUAAUGGUCCUCCCUUCAAUUCUUCUGAGUUUAGUAAGUUUUGUCUUGCAAAUGGUAUCCAGCCAGUUAAAACUCCACCGUACCAUCCACAAUCUAACGGCGCGGCAGAGAGAAAUGUGCAAACUGUAAAAAAAUUACUGUCGAAACAGUUGUUUGACAAUAAUAAAUCGAAAUUGACAAUUAAUCAGCAAUUGACAAAUUUACUAUUUGCAUAUAGAAACACUCCUAGUACUGUUACUGGUAUGACUCCAUCAGAGUGUAUUUUUAAACAAAAACCACGUACCCGAUUAGAUUUCAUUAAACCAGGAAAUUGGAGAAACCCAAAAACCUCAAAUAAAACAACAUCCCCUAUAACUAAAUUGUUUUGCGAAGGAGAGAAGGUGUAUAUCAAAAAUAAUAAAGGCUCUCCAAAUUGGAUUGAAGGUUCUAUUAUAAAGAUAUUAAGUUUGGUUACAUACUUGGUGGAUGUUGGGGGAUUAUUCAAGGUGUAUCACGCGGAUGAUUUGAGAAAGAGAAACGUGAACUCAGAAAUGACCAGUAUGCCCGAAACUAUUGAAUUAAAUAUACCUAAGGUUAUACAACUAAGUAAACCAUGUGAGAAUGUCCAAAAUGGUAACUCGGAUCUUCCAGAAAUCACAGAACCUAAUAAAAAAAUAAAACCUAAUGUAAGCGAAGAAAUACAAAAUGAAAUUAAAGUAAAUACUGAUACAGAUUACACUGGCACACCUGAGAUACCAUUGAGACGUUCAACUAGAACUAUAAGAGCUCCGGAUAGAUUAAAUUUGUAAGUUUGAUUUAGAAGGAGGGAAUGUUAUGUACCUAUUUCAGGAAUUUUUAGUGUAUAGAGGUUGGCAAGAUCGGGAAGUCCAACAAUGUCGUUUAUACUUACAAUUUGUCUGUAUACAAGUUUAGUUUUCUCGCAGAAUAAAUGUUAGUUUGGA